CGCGAAUCGUCCACACCAAGUGUCAACUUGAACUUGUCCAUCUCACUAUUCAACGUCGUAGUCAAGGUCCAACAAAGGUACUCAGGCAAGGUCUCGUCGCCUUCCUUAACCUCUUUUAUAAAAAGGUCGUGUUACUUUUUAACAUCCACUAUGCAAACACGGUCGUCUCAAGGUUCAGUCCUUGGAAAGCGUGCUCAUCACGUUGACCAAAAGGCUGCCCCAUCUGCAUCAACGAGUGACAUUGCAACCGUGUCGCACCAAAUGUUAACCCCAGAACAGAGCCCUAAAUCGAAACGUGCCCGCAUAUCUCUCUCUACCGUGGAAGGAGAUUCAAACAAGGAAAACGUACCACCAUUUCGCAUUGACGCGUGGAACGACGUAACGGUGGAUACACCGCGUUCCGUUCGCCAAUUAGUAAUAUCCACUCCCCCACCAACUCCCCCAGUUUUACUACUUCCUGUAUACACUCGUGUUCGAGGACUUCUUCGUUCGACCAGCACCACUUCAUCCCCUAUAGCUGGCCGGGAGGACGAACGACAGCGUAUCCUGGAGUUCAUCACCUCUUCGUGGUCCAAUGAUGCACAUACGUCCUUAUACAUUUCUGGUACACCUGGAACUGGCAAGACCGCCCUCGUCAACUCCGUCCUGCGUUCGUUGGAGAAGUCUGAAGGGACGUCCGACCUGAAAGUGAUUACUAUUAAUUGCAUGGCCUUGGGUGGCGUUGAUGCCCUCUGGGAUCGUCUUUGCGAAGAGUUAUCCCACACAAAGUCUUCCAAGAAUACCGCAAAACCUGGCAAAGCCAAGGGCAAGCAAGCGGUCGAGAAGGCACUCCCUAGUUUAGAUCAUAAAUGCGUUCUCGUGCUUGAUGAGCUCGAUCAUAUUGCAUCUUCAAAUCAGACACUUUCGUCAAUUUUCUCCCUGUCUCAACACCACCCAUCCACCCUCCGCGUUAUCGGAAUUGCAAACACCCAUACCCUCACAUCUUCCUUGGCCCAGUUGUCUAUUCGUGAAGCUUCUAGCACCUUGACCCUUCACUUUGGCGCGUACUCCUCCCAGCAACUUCUUCAGGUGCUGCAAGCACGUCUGUCACCUCUCUAUGAUAAUCCACAAUGCCCGGAAGCAACAGAACAAGUCAAAAAGUUCCUUCCUACUUCAACAUUGACUCUCCUGACGAAAAAAAUCGCCUCACAAACUGGCGACGUUCGAGCCUUGUUUGAGGUCCUUCGGGGAGCAAUAGACCUGGCUGUCACAGGUUCGAAGGUCUCAGAUGCAGAUGCAAAUCCUCUCGCCUCUCCCCCUCUCAGCGUUAAACCAGAUCACGUUCUCGCUGCCCUCAAGGCUUACCUGCCUUCUACUGGCGGUGGUCGCUCCUCCUCUUCCUUGGCACCAUCCACCACCAGCAAUGAAACCGUGUCCAAGGUCCGUAACCUUGGCCUGCAAGUCAGACUGGCUCUCUUGUGCAUGCUUCUUGCAUCGAAGCGGAUGGGGGCAACUUUAGCCCUCUCUGUCUCCACCACUUCGACGCCUACCAAGACCCCUAUGAAGCGCACAAACUCUGCCAUUUCUCAAAGGACUGCUGGACUUGACGUCGCCCAACUCCAUGCAUACUACUCAACUGUUCUUACCCGUGCGGAUAACGACAUCUUCAGUCCAGUUUCCCGAAGUGAGUUUUCCGACCUGGUAGGAAUACUAGAGACGGUAGGACUUGUGUCGUCGAGUUCUGCCUGCAUUGCAACUCCCUCUCCGUCGAAGACCAGUCGUCGUGCGUUCGGCCGAGCUGCAUCGUUCGGUGGAGUAGCGAAGGGAGCCGCAGCUGGGCAAGACAUCAAGCUUGUGGAGACCAUUCGCACGGAUGAAGUCCUGCGUGGCCUUGGUGUUGCUGAUGGUUCUCUUGAGGGCGAUGUGCGUGAAGAGGAAGUCAGGGCUAUAUGGGCUAGGGAAUGUGGACGCAUCGCACGAGAGUCGAGAACGAAGUCGGCGCCAGGUAUGAGCGGUAACAAACCUUUCGAUGAAGCCUUUGAAAAUUAGAUGGGACUGAACACAUCCGAGCCAUUUCUCUUCGUUACCGCAGUGCUACCAUGUAGCCCUUCAGACACAUUUUGCUUUGUUAUACCAGUGUCUGUCCUUUUUUAUGCUUAUGUCUUAUACGGGAACACAUACUACACAUCAUCUCAUGUACCAUCAAGUAAUUCACAUGCUGCAUAGAAUUGCAUUUAUUUCACGAGUUCUUCCA